GCACACACAAAUAAUCUCUGCCUUUAGGGUCAGCAACGAUCAGAAGUGGAGCAGAGAAACAGAGAAAGGAAGAGAGGAAAAAACUUUUCUUCUGAUAUAAUUCCGCCGCACAGGUUUCGCGCAGAAAAAGGACACUAUUCACAUACAGCAGAGAGCCAGCUGAAGUUGACAUGAAGGCAGCGUGUCUCAUCAUCCUCGCCUGUCUGACGGGGUGCAGCCUAAUUGUGAUCGAGUGCCAGAAUGUUCCAGGAGGUGACCCCGGUCUGGAAGAAAUCUUACGGCGCGCCGAGAGCCUACUCAUCCGAUCUAUCCUCAGAGAAAAAGAAGAGGAGGGCACAAACGAUUCUUUUCCGCCUCUGGCAGAACGACUAGACGAACGUCAGCACCCUGGCAAACGACAGCAUCCCGGCAAACGCGAGGAGGACAGUUAUGAAGAUUACACAGAUUUCCAAAAAAGGCAGCAUCCAGGAAAGCGCGAGGAAGAAGCGGACUCAUCCAUUGAGUUACAGACAAGACAACAUCCUGGCAAGCGCUUUUCCCUGGAACAGAUAACAGAAUACCCUGCCUCGCAAAAUUCCAUUUUAAGCGAGCUAUCCAAGAGACAGCAUCCAGGAAAGCGAUAUCUGACGUACAACAAACGCCAGCAUCCCGGUAGGCGAGACGUGGACGACCUAAGUGUCGUAGACUUAUUGGAACUGGACAAACGGCAACAUCCCGGGAAACGAUUUUGGGACGCCAUGGGUUUAGAUAUGUCGACAAGUGGCCCGUGUGAUGUUCUGGCUUCCCCUAGCUGCAGUAAAGCCAGUCUCCUACUCGGGCUUCUAGACAACGUGAAAGAAACUCGCGUUGAGGAGAAGAGACAACAUCCCGGCAAGCGGAUGGCUGUAGAAGAACAUGUAACAGAGCUGGAAUAGUUUAGGUGCCAGUCAAUGAGUGCAUUGUGAUUAUAAUUUAAACGUAUGAGUUACAAAAAUAAUAAAGGUUGUUUUUUCACAUUACCUUCACGAGACGCAUGAGAUAUAUCAUAGUUUAGUAAUUCUACCGCAGCAUUUAUUAGAGAAAGUCAGUUCUUGUUUUGCAUAAAGAUACGUAUCAUAAAUAGCCUACUUGUCAUGUUUUUAUUAUAUAAAGUAACUUAGUAUUGUCGUCCAGAUGCUUUUUUUCAUUCGUAGGAUAUCCAGUUCCCAAAUCAGAAUUUCCUAAAUGGAGCUAGAACUAAUUAGGCAGUUAAAACUAAUUAGGCUAAAGUUUUUUUUAGCCAAGUGCAUGCAAAUUAGGCUACGCAGGUCCAUACAGUUUGUUUGGCUUUUCUAAUCGCUGUUGAUGGGCUCUGUUUGUUUGUGAUGUUCUACUAAUUCAGAAUGAAUGGGAAAGGCGAUUUAUUGUACAUACUUAACUUUACCCUUGUCGGUUACACUUUCUAUCAUGAGUAGAACUGAUUUUCGUUCUAAAAAUGCGCAGGUCUCGUACUGAACUCCGCGAAUAUCUCGUGUAGCCAAUAUACAGAAUGCACCAUUCUCCGCUUUUCCCAGUUGAGGUGUUUGUGUUAGAUAUAUGUAACCUAUGUAAAAUUCGAGUGAAUAUUCCCUUGCAAAACGGAUCACCGAAUUAUUUUUCUACAGUAUACUUGCAUGAGUUGGAUAACUUGUCAAUCUGUAAAAUAUUUUGGUUCUCUGUACAGCAUAUAUUUAAAUUACAAUUAUGUUGUACAAUAAAAUGCUUUCGAUGCUAUCGACA